AUGCAAUAUAUACUGUUAAUCAGACCUGGCAAUGUCAAAAACUGUCAAAGAACUUGGAAUGUAGAAGAUAUUACCAAAGUCCAGAGAUGGCAUUUGGGUCGCGGAAAAAGCAUUACUGGAAAUUUAAACGGCCAAUCUCUGCCCAAAUAUCCAAAUGUCAACGCUGCCAAAGACUAUGAGUUCUCAUAA